AUGGCCCACGUUCUCCCCGACCUCCCCUACCCCUACGAUGCGCUCGAGCCCUUCAUCUCGAAGCAGAUCAUGGAGCUCCACCACAAGAAGCACCACCAGACGUACGUGAACUCGCUCAACGCUGCUGAGCAGGCCUACGCCAAGGCCUCCUCCCCCAAGGAGCGCAUCGCCCUUCAGGCAGCACUCAGGUUCAACGGCGGUGGGCACAUCAACCACUCGCUCUUCUGGAAGAACCUCGCGCCCGCGUCCUCUGAGGGCAAGGGCAACGGUGGCGCCCUCCGCGAUGGCCCGCUCAAGGACGCGAUCGCCAAGCAGUUCGGCUCAUACGAGGCCUUCGUUAAGGAGUUCAACACCACCACGGCCUCCAUCCAGGGCUCCGGCUGGGGCUGGCUCGGCUACAACCCGGCGACGAAGGUCAUUGAGAUCACGACGACGGCGAACCAGGACCCGCUCCUGACGCACGUCCCCAUCAUCGGCGUCGACGUCUGGGAGCACGCGUUCUACCUCCAGUACCUCAACGUCAAGGUCGACUACCUCAACGCGAUCUGGAAGGUGAUCAACUUCGACGAGGCGGAGAAGCGCUACCUCGAGGCGGUCUCUACCGCGAAGCUCUAA